CAGGAGUAACUGACAGAAAUACAGCAAAUACUUCGAAGUGCGAGGACGUGGAACACACUUUCUUUUGCAACGCCGGUGAAGCCGAAUCCGUGGUCGGGUGAAAGGGUCGCGCAGUAUCGGUCGAUAUCAGAUAUCAGGGUUGGAGUAUCAGCGGGCCAGGCCAGCCUCACUCGCUCUCCCACUGUGGUGCCGAACGCCGGGUCUCAAGACAGCUACAGGCACGGUCACCGUUGCGCAGGCCUCGCACCACUGUCGCCCUCUCCCCUCCCUCACUUCCUGACGAAGGCGUCCUCGUCCACAUCUACUCCACAUGGCUCUCAUCAUCGCGACCUAGCUUCUAUACACCGGUUGCUACCGCAUCACCUUUAUAACCUGCCUUGUCUUAACCCUCCCCAACCCACACCCAAACGCCACCCACAGCAAGGAGUCUUAAGGUGAUGUGCGCCUAUCCAGAUGUGCCAGGAGUGGCGUCUGCAUUACUGACUCGUUCAUUGGGUGCUGCCUGGAGGUGGCAGUGCGUGCGACGUGCUGGUCACGGGAGCGAGGAUUGUGUGUGUCUAGAGGUACUGGAGGCACCAGUGCCUGCCGCCGCCGCCACCUUCGCCUGUCGCACCGCGCCACCCACCACACUCUCUUGACAGCGCGGCCCGCUCCCACCCCUCAUCGCCGGCCACUAAUCCCGAAUCCCCUCCCCCCCCCCCGUCCGCCAAUAGUGCCAACCUCAUAUGCGAAUGUUCCUUUUGUGUCCCUCGUGCUACUGAUAAAUUAAUAUAAAUCUAUGUGAGAAAACUGAAACUACUUUUAGUUAACAGUGGAGAUUAUGAACAUUUUGUGCACAUCUUAAAAGCUUACUUGAACCAUUUGCAGUAGUGAAGCAGAGUUAUCCGCGAGUAAAAAAGAAGAGAAAAGGAAAGAAAGUAAUCAACAUUGAAAGAUUAACCCAUAACUCAGUAGCGGUGGCGGAAACCACCUAUUUCUAACAAUACGACAGCUUCACCUGCCCUGUAAGAUCAGUGUUCCUCGGCGUGAUGAACGCGCAACAAGUGACGUGCUCUUAGUGUGUCCCGACUUUAGAGGAGAUUAUAGAACGGAGAGGAAAGGACAAUUAAGAUGACAGAAAAGACACCACUUGUCUGAGAGAGAGAGAGAGAGAGAGAGAGAGAGAGAGAGAGAGAGAGAGAGAGAGAGAGAGAGAGCUCCCAUUGAUACAUAUUAUUAAAAGGGUAAGAAAAAAGACGGGGGGGGUUGUGGAAGGUAGUGUCGACGUCAGUGCCGAGCAGAGUCUAUGUACGGGCGUUUGAGGUUAAGUAGAGCCUCGUUCUUGGAGCGAGACCGCGGACCUGAGUCCAGCCGCGAUCAGCACACACCAGCCCACGCACGUCUUCCGGAGUAGAUUGUUUCUUCUCAGUGAUCUUUGUCUUCUCUUCACGUCCUCGUGUAGGAAGUAACCGCCAUGAACAACAACAACAACAACAACGUGACUCCCAACACGCCCAUGGCAGCAGACAGCCUCGCCUUGGACGCCGGUCUACCUGCUGCAGGUGUGAGCGGGGGUGUGGGCAUGGGCGUGGGGAUCGUGACGGGCGGCUCCACGCGGCGCACCUCGCGGGUGUGGCGCUACUUCGGCAUGGUGGACAACUGUCACUACAUCUGUCGUUUGUGUUCCUUCGUGGGUGCCUACACCAACACCACCAACAUGAGGAAACAUAUCCAGCACCACCAUCCAGAGAGGUUUCAGGACAUCUUGGACCACACUCGCCCCACCUCACGCCCUUACUUCGCCGGCUGCCUACCCCGCCUCCGCCAACCUCUGCAGUACCAGCAGCACAGCCAAACCCACCACUAUCCGCCGGGCCUGCUAUACCCUCCGCCCAUGCCCUCCAAGAGAGCGAUGCUCAACAAGCCCAGUGAAAUGCCCUACCUGCACGGCGACAUGAGGAGUGACUUGGACCGCAACCUGAGUAUGUCCUCGCAAGACUGUUCCAUGGCGGCAGCGGCUCAGGCUGCGGCAGUCACUUGUCAGGCCUCGGUACAGGAUCCCGCAGCCAACUGUUCCUACUCAUCUGUGAUGGGCCACACUGCUGCCUCUGCACUAGAGCCUCCAGUAAACUUGUGCGAGAUGAGCCCCGAGGAGACAAAGUUAGUGAAGCAGCUGCUCCCCGCCCUGGCUGAGGCCACCGACUCUUCCACGGACACAGACACACCUUCGAGAGGUCUACAGACGGAGGAGCGGUCAGGCAGCGAGUUCAGCCACCACAACAGCGAUGACGCGCCCAUCCCAGUGUCCCCGGAGCACUUCCUUUCGGAAGGAAACGACCAGGAUGAAGCCACACCAGUACCACCCACGCCUAACCAGCAACACAAGCCAGAGAGUUACCAGCUGCGGCAUAACAACCACCUGACAAUUGUGCUGGAGGCCCUGGCCAGUGACGAGUCCUUCAUGGACGUGACGCUCACUGCACAAGGCCGCUCCCUUAAGGCACAUAAGUCGGUGCUGUCAGCAGUUAGUUCAUACUUCCGAGGGGUGUUGCGAGACAACCCCUGCCAACAUCCCAUCAUCAUCAUGCCCAGAGAUGUACGCUUUGAGGAACUCUACAGCAUCGUCAAUUAUAUAUACAAGGGAGAGAUGACUGUAGCAGCAGAGGACCUAACAUCCCUUCUGAAAACAGCAGAGAUCCUUCAAGUCUCAGGGCUGGCUCCUUCAGACUCGUCUGCCACAGUGAAUCCUCAGACUGAGCCCUUAUCAAUGGGCAAUGUUCGUUCCUCAUCAAAUUCUUCCUCCUCUGUAUCAUCCUCCUCCAACAUUCCUCCAGUGUCAGGAGCAUCAAAGCCUAUCAAAAUUCCAUCCCAGAGCCAAUCAACACCACCUGCUCGGCCAAAAUCAAUUGAAAGCAUGAUAAAUCCUGCUGACUUCAUUGAUGUGGACAUGACUUGUGUAAAAGAGGAAGUGGUAAGUGAAGGAGAGGAAGAAAAAGAUGAACAUCCAAAUAAAAAGCAAUGUACCGAGCCUGAAGCGUGUUCCCAGCCAUCAGACAACACCCAAGAGACAACACAGUGUUCCCAGUUGUCACAGUGCUCCCAGCCAACAGAAACUGAAGCUAAAGACGAUGAUGAAGCCACUAAUCAAGUUAUAUUAGGUUUUCCCUCACCUGAUGAACAAAGUUUUGAGCAGCCAAUACCUUCAACUAGUUCACAUGAAGCAGAAUUCCGAUCCCUUGGUGUAAAGUCUGACCCAGAAAAAGGAUUUAACUCGCAUGCAGCUAAACCAAUUGAUAACCCUCAGCCACUUCAGUGCCCUCAUUGUGAAGAACAGUAUCGGGAUGUUGAAAGUAUUGACUCUCAUUUAAGAAUCAAACAUCCCACUAAACCAAGUUUUACAUGUAAAUGCGGACGUAUAUUUACUCGGCAAAUACAUCACCAAGCACACACCAGAAUGUGUCCAAACUCAUCUUGAACAGGUUUGUUGAUCAAAAUGGUCAAUGACUAUACUAACUUUAUUUGUAUGGUGAUCUUGUAAAAUACUGAAAGGCAUUAAUGGUUUACAGUGUUAUUGUUGCACAUCUGAAUGUCGCAAAGUAAUUGGAAGUAAGAAAAAAAAUUAAAAAAAUAGAUAAAUAAAAAUAACAAAAUCAAAAUACUGAUAAGGGUUUGAGAUUGUGAUGAAAUUCUCAAUGGUUACCAUAUACUAUAAGGAUAUUACAAUAUUGGGAUAACAAAAUUCAAAUUUCUAGUAUUAUAGGAAAUUUUGUGUAAAUACAAAAUUACAAUGUCAAAAUAAACCAUGACAGUCAUUAUGAAGAAAGAAGUUAAAGUAUUUGUUAAGUCUGUGGCACUUUGUAUUGUAUAUAUAACAAAUAAUUUAAGAUUUUCUUUUUCAUGGUAGUAUGUGCAUGUGCAUGUGCGUGUGUGUGUGUGUGUGUGUGUGUGUGUGUGUGUGUGUAUCAGUCUCAUAUAUAAAUUUAACAGCAAUUUUUUAUUUCCUUUACCCAAACUUUUCCAAAUCAAACAGUCAGUUUUCAACUGUAAACCAAGCAUGACUGCCACUGACAGUUGCUGCUUUGUCAUCUGAGUCUGGAAAAGAUUGAUUCCAAAAGAAAAAAUAAAUAAAUAAUACGUGAUUGUAGUGAAAAGAAAAAUCUGGAAAUGUUCAGGAUUUUUUGUUUUUAAGUGAAUGUCAGGCUACAAAAGAAAAGGAGACCUAUUAUUGUAAUAAGCUGCAUCCUACUGGUAACAUAAACUAACCCUUCCUGCCAAUUUUCCCAAUAAUCACUUGCUUCCUGGAAACCUA